UAUAUUUUAUACUACUAUAAUCUUUACUAGCAUAAAGAUUGUGGUAGACUCCGGCGUUGUUCGUGUGUCAAAGUUGGAGACCGGACGCUUGAACGGUUACGUUUGCACUUUCAACGCUCUUCCUACGACUUCUUCGUUUUACCGCUUACGGAGAAAGGGCCAUAUCUCUCAAUAUUCAAUAAGAUAAGUUAUUAUCAAAUUGUAUCAUGACAGCUCUUUCAGCUAAUCUCCUCCUUGGAUGGAUUGAUGGUCAUGAAGCAGCCCCGGCGCCAACUAUCUCCAAAAACGAUAAAACCGUCCCUAAUCCAGAGCAUACCUCCUGGACCAUCGUUGACACACAGAUCCGCGCCUGCCUCCUAGCGGUCAUCAGCCCCUCCGUUCACAAACAUGCUCGCGGCUUCACCACAUCUGCUGCCCUCUGUGAUGCUUUGGCCGCACGGUACAACUCCGUGUUCACCGCUCAUGUUUAUCAGCUUCGGGACAAACUCCACACUCUUCGUAAAGGUACCAAAACUAUGACACAAUACCUUGAUGAUGUGGCAACUAUUCUUUCGGAUCUCGAUGCCUUGAAAGAAGAGAUCCCUGAACGUGAUGUGGUGAAUGCUGUUAUUCGUGGUCUUCCCACCGAAUACUCAUCCUUUAAGCAAAACAUUUGCAUGAACAAUACCAAUAUUUCGUUAAAUCAGCUUUCUAGAUGGCUGAUCUCCGAAGAAAUAAACCUGGAGAUGGAGAAUAAACUCAGCCUCACCGAGUCUACCAUCACCGAACCUCGCACAACACUUCUCGCUACGAACGGUCGAGGCAAUGGUCAAUCCCUACCCAUCACACACUCUGNAACUCCCAACCGUUGCGUAUCAAGCUAUCCAAGAGUCCACUUGGCAUCGUAGACUCGGUCAUCCAGCUCCUGCGAUUGCCAAAUCUAUUUUGUCUUCCUUAGGUUUUCAGUUUUCAGAGCCUUUACAUUGUGAAUCAUGUUAUGUCUCUAAGUCCUG